CUUGGCGCGCCUUUCAUUCGGUUGCUUAGCAACCGGCGUACACCUGCCAUGGAGCCGAAGGGGGAGCAGGAGGCGAAAGACGCAAAAGGUACCCCCAUUUCCCGCCUUCAGCCAUUGCCCAGACUUGCCACCACGGGGUUCCCCUCGAAACUACCCCUUGCUCUCAGUAACGUUGGCAACACUCCGCUAGUAUGGCACACUUUAAAGAAACAGUCGGGAAAAUACUUUUAUAGGGCGAAACUGAAGCGUCACGAAGUCUUCCGCGAGCUUUCGGGGUCACCAGGGUUCUUCAAGCUGGGCGCCAAAGGGAGUGGGGCGCUCGGGGGGGGGGUACCAGACUGCAAUUUCAACAUGCCCCUCUUUCCCCCCACGUUUUUGCAAAGCAUCAUUCAGGUUGAAGAAGUGUUCUGGUGAAUUUACAGAAAAGCUUGCUCACGCCGCUUUCUGGUUUCAAUCCAUUAUUGCCAGCAGCUGUUAGCUUUCGAAUUUCCUCUAAUGUAGAAACGCUGCUGCUUGAAGCAGUUCUGUUCUUGUUUUAGAAAACUUUCAAAUAUUCUUCCCCUCUACAGGCUGUAAGGUAAGAAAACGCAGUAGUCUAGGACAGAAGGAGAAACCAGGAUAGGUGUCUCCAAUAACAUACAUUUUAUUUUAUUUUAAAUUUUAUUUAUGCUUUUCAGGUUUACACAUUUCACUAAUUUUACAAUCAUUUUAACAUUUCAAAACUUGACUUCCUUCCCCCUCUUUCUGUUGUUCCUUAUUUAUUUUUAAUAUCUUCUGCAUAUCCAAAUUAACUUAAUUUGCUUAUUUAUUCAUCUGCUUUAAAUAUAUACUCUUAUAAAACUGCAAUAACAUAAAAACUGCUGCGACAGAUGAAGCAAGCAUGGCAUGAUUCUGCCAACUUGCAUGAGAAAUUUACAUUUCAGUUUGCCCCAGUACUUCCAAUUGGAAGAUCCACCAUACUUUAUGAUUUUGCUUUGCAGGCCAGAAUGAACAUUCAGAAGAAGGAAAGGGGUCACCUUCAGAGGAACAAAAGGAAAAAGCAAAGAAGGUAGCUGAUGGUAAGUAUUGCUUGCACAUUCAAAUUAUGAUAGAUAAGAAUGUGUAGUGAUUUCUGUGUUUGGGAGAGAAACAUUUCCAGGGGGUUGUUCUGGAAUUUUACUGUUCAAUGUUUAGGUGUCAAAGGACAAAAAUCAAUAGUUUAAAUCUGUCCUUAUAUUGUAUACUUAUUUAGAAUCAGCCCUCAAGCCCCCUGAGGGCCCCAAAAUUUAACCAAUAAACAAAUAAAAAGUAUAUUACAAAACACAUUGUAUCAUACAACAUAUAUCUUUUUACGGUGAGAAAUAAAGUACAGUGGUACCUUGGGUUAAGUACUUAAUUUGUUCUGGAGGUCCGUUCGUAACCUGAAACUGUUCUUAACCUGAAGCACCACUUUAGCUAAUGGGGCCUCACGCUGCCUCCGCACUGCCGAAGCACGAUUUCUGUUCUCAUCCUGAAGCAAAGUUCUUAACCCGAGGUAAUAUUUCUGGGUUAGCAGAGUCUGUAACCUGAAGCGUAUGUAACCUGAGGUACCACUGUAUGCUAUAACCGGUUUUACGUCUCUUCCCUCUCUCAUGCUUUUUAAUAUAUGGUGCUUUUACAGUUUAUAAGGAUCUGGAUUUUCCUGUGUUUUAUUGCACCAGUAUAAUAAAGGGGCUACAUCUUUCAAUAAAUUGGUUAUCUGAUUGUCUUUCUUCUCUUAUACUGAUGUUUGCCGAUACAGUGGUACCUCGGGUUACAUACGCUUCAGGUUACAUACACUUCAGGUUACAGACUCCGCUAACCCAGAAAUAGUUCUUUGGGUUAAGUACUUUGCUUCAGGAUGAGAACAGAAAUUGCGCGGCAGCAGUGGGAGACCCCAUUAGCUAAAGUGGUGCUUCAGGUUAAGAACAGUUUCAGGUUAAGAACGGACCUCCGGAACGUAUUAAGUACUUAACCAGAGGUACCACUGUAUCACCAUUUUGACCACUUCCCAUACUCUUCUAAUCCAGCCAUCACGAACACAUGAACAUCAUAAGAACAUUAGAAUAGCCUGCUGGAUUGGGCCAAUGGCCCAUCUGGUUCAGCAUCCUGUUUUCACAGUGGCCAACCAGAUGCCUGUGGGGAACCAGGGAGCAGAACAUGAGCACACCAGCACUCUCCUCUCCUGUGGUUUCCAGCAACUAGUACUCAGAAGCAUUGCUGCCUCCAAUUGUGGUGGCAGAGCAUUAUCAUGGCUUGUAGCCCUUAAUAGCUCUCUCCUUCCAUGAAUUCGUCCAGUCCUCUUUUAAAACUAUCCAAGUUGGUGUCCUUCACUGCCUCCUGGGGGAGUGAUUUGACAAUGCGCUGCUUGAAGUACUUUCUUUUAUCUGUCCUAAAUCUUCCAACAUCCAGCUUCACUGGAUGUCACCGAGUUCUAGUGUUAUGAGAGAGGGAGAAAAGCUUUUCUCUCUUCACUUUCUCCAUGCCAUGCAUACUUUUCUAAACCCUUUACAACUCUUCAAUAUCCUUUUUGGCAUGAGGCAACCAGAACUGUACAUGGUACUCAUUGUGUACAGAUGUGGUUGCACCAUCAAUAUCAGGUUUCCUCAACCUCGGCCCUCCAGAUGUUUUGAGACUACAAUUCCCAUCAUCCCUGACCACUGGUCCUGCUAGCUAGGGAUCAUGGGAGUUGUAGGCCAAAAACAUCUGGAGGGCCAAGUUUGAGGAAGCCUGCCCAAUAUGUAUGGCAGCAUUCAUGAUAUUGGUAGUUUCAUUUUCAAUUCCUUUCCUAAUGACCCCUAGCAUGGAAUUUGCCUUCUUUAUGGCACACUGGGUUGACAUCUUCAUUGAGGUAUCUAAUAUGACCGUAAGGUCUUGCUCCUGGUCUGUCCCCUCCAAUUCAGACCCUAUGAGGUUGUAUGUGAAAUUAAGAUCUUUUUGCUCCAACAUGUAUCUAGUAUAGGAGCAUCAGUUUCCCUCCAGUUGUAACUAAGGCUAUGCAUACACCAUACAUUUAAAACCACAACUUUCCCCAAAAAAUCCUGGGAACUUUAGUUUUAUUCUGCGCUACAAUUCCUAGCACCCUUAACAAACUACCAUUGCCUUGAUUAUUUGGUGGAGCUCAUGUGCUUUAAACAUAUGGUGUGCAUGCAACCUAAACUUCAGUUAAGAGGUACAUUCCCCCCAUCAUUUUUCCAUCUUCUGAAAGGACAAUAUCUUUUAUGUAUCUUAAAAGUGGAUUUACUGCUAAGGCAUAGCCUGUUAUACUCUCAUCUUCCAUUAAUACUGCUGUCCAGAAAUAUCUUCUUAUUGGGCGUGACCAGAAUCUAUGCAGUAUGUUAAUUAUCUAUUCAUUUAUCUAAUUUAAAAUGAUACUUUUCUUCUUUUAGGAACUUCCUCCAAAAAGCAGUUUAUAUUCUCCAGGUCCUAAACCUAGCAGCUGCUUGAGUAUAGCAGCUCAGCUGGUAGAGCAUUUGGUUUCACAGUGUGGCACAUUUUAUGGGCAGCCCCUGUUGGGAGUUUGUUUUGUCACUGCUUUAGCACUUACCUGCGUUAGCAUUCACUGUAUCUUAUAAUGUAACCUUCUGCUCCAUGAUACAGAUGGCUCUUCUGAUAUCAGUUAAUUAUUUGAUUUUAGGGAAACAGGGAAAACAUUAUAGCAUAUGUAUUUAAAUAAAGUAGAGUGGAAAGUAACAUAAUUUUCUGUGUGCAGAAAAGACCCCAUCUCCUGCAAUUCAGGAAGAAGAAAAGCUAUUUGAAGAUGAAGAAGGUAGUGAAGGCUAUGGCGAUGAAGGCAAGUAUUGCUAGCAAUCUUUGGGUUUGACAGAGCAUUCCUACUGCCUCCAUGUUGAUGGAUGGGGUAGGAUUAGGAUGGCGCCUAGUUGCCUUCUCACCAGCCUCCACUGGCAAAGAGAAGUGUUGAUGGUGAUGAUAGGUUUUUCCAUGGAGUCCCAAGGUUUUCCCUAGCAAGUGGAAGGCUGCUGGUGCCAGUGCUCCCACUGGUGGGAGCCAUUGGUGAGUCUGAAAUAGGGCAUUUUGGUUUUUGGGCAGGAGGCUGAUGGCCUUAGAUUCACUGAGUCCACAGCUCUGAGGACCCUGAUCCAUGAGCUCCUCAGUUGUGUCAGCCCGUAGUUAGCACAGCUGAAAGAAAGAAAGAAAGAGAGAGAGAGAGAGAGAAAGAAAGAAAGAAAGAAAGAAAGAAAAUGAAAAAUUGACACACUCCCCAUGCCUUCCACUCUGGCCAGUGUGAGUGAUCAGAUGCAGCGGUGAUCAGAUUAAAUAUAGAACUAACUUUUGGGAUUUGGGCAGGAUGGAAUUCUUGGUUGCAAGAUAUUGCUUACAGGACAGCUCAACCUCUGUGUUUAAAAACUGACUACAAUGGCUAUGCUAGCUCUGAGUUUGUUUGUUUGUUUAUUUAUUUAUUUAAUCUCCUGUCCUUCAGCCCAAAGGUGACAAUCGUCACUUUAUAAUUGGCCACAAAUGCUACCAUCUUGUCUGUCUGAAAAUUAUAUGCCUUUCUUCUUAUUUUCAGCCUUUGUAGACUGAAAAGUGGUGUGUGUGUGCAUGUAUAAAAUUAUUGUUGAUGUUUUUGAAAUCCAGAAGAGGAAGAGGAAGUGGAGCCAAUACAUCUUGAAAAGCCUCCAGAACCGGUGAAGAAGAAGAAAGUAAAGGUAGAGAAGAAAAUCUCUGAAAACUUCUACUAUAACUAUGAGGAGUUGUGUGCACUCCCAUUUGUGACUCCAGAUUCUGGCAUUCCGCUUGACAUGCUCAGUCUCAUGUAUCCACUUUUGCUAAUAAAUUAAUAAAUGGUAGGAUUUUGAUUAUUUGGGAUAUGAAGGGAGAAAUACAAGCUGCAGAGGAAUUCCUGGGCUAGCCAAUGCAAAAAACCCCGACCUGGCCAGGCUACAGUCAUUAAGAAACAAUUGAGAGUCAUUGGCAAUGCAAGAGAACCGUCCUUUCCCCCUGCCCUGAGGUGUGAACAGAGACUGGGGAUUUGAAAGGUUGCCAGGUUAACUGGGUGUGAGGUGACAGGAAAAGACUGUUUUUAGCAAGGUGUGCUAGGAAGAGAGAGAAAAAAAGACAGAUCCAUCUUGACUGACUGAAGGCAGGCUGAUAGAGAGGCCUCUGUCUCCAUCAUUGCACUGCUGGGGGGCGGGGGGCAGGAACAAGACCCUCUUCAGACCACUAUGCUGUAAGAUCUGGGCUACCUCUAUUUAAACUCAGGUGUAAAUAUGAGAAUAAAUCAUAUUUCUUAACGCUAUGACAGCCUCCACUAUGUCUUCAGUUUUCCAAAGGAGCACAGACCCUGGUUGAGGGCCAAGACCUCUGGAAUCCCGUGCAUGGCUUGGCAGGGAUUGGAGUGGCCUGUAACAAUAUAAUAAGGCCAUACUAGUGAGAAAUUUUACAUCCUCCCCAGUAUUUCCCAACAGAUUGGCAAAAUAACAGGGCCUGCACUAUUGCUGUGGUUUGUUCUCUCAGUUAUGUAAGGGAUCUUUUGCCUUUUGCCUUUCCUUUAAUAGAAAACAUUUAGAAAUUGCACAGUACUUGAGGGCCGCAGGGACCUACAUUGGCAAUAUGGUUAAGCCUGAAAUUUUUUAAAGGAUGGGUGGGCUACAUUUUUUCUAGAGAUUCAGCUCUUUUCUCUCAUUUAUAUAAAAAGCCCCUAUUGUGUUCCCAAUACAAUUACAAUACAGUGCAUUGCACUUUUCAGGAGACCUCUGGAUUUUUAUUGGUGGUAGUGUUAUUACAUGGUCAAAAUAAACCCCGUGAUGGCAUCACUUUUCCUUAGUGAGUGUUCUUCAGUCACUCUUUUGGCUAUGACUGCACUAGACGGGCAAACAUUCAGAUAUUGGAUAGUUACACUCUCCUCUACAUAGCUGGCAACCAACUCGUACUGCUGAAUUUGCUAAUGAAAUCUCAGAAAUAUCUCCGAAGCACAUGCGGUGGAGGGAUUGGAGUAAUCACGGUAUGGCAUUUUUGUUUUAUCUUGUAAAGUAUUUUGCUUGAGAUCUUCCUUGGUAGCAAAAUAAACAGGGCUCUUGGAUUAUGAGAAUCUCUCUUUCAAUCUGAGAAAUAUUUUGGCUGCUUCUUCACACAUUAGGUGGUGCGUUUAGCUAUUGCCGUUAUCUAAGACUUGAGUUAAUUUUGUACUGUGUGAGAUAAAUAUAUAUUUUAUAAUAGCAAUACUUACUAGGGUGUCCUAUUGAUAUUCAUUCAUUUAGGCUGGUUUCAAAUGUUAUGCAGGCAGUAACAAGGUAUCUUGGAUUAAAGAAAAGCUCUAACAAAGUGGACACUGUUUUCCCAAGCUAUUGCACCUCUCUCUGUGUCCUUAGACUUGGAAAGACUUGCAGUCUUGGUGGAACACAGUAUGGGGGGUUGAGGAUAUGCUGCCAUUUUCCAGAGGGGUAGCUGCAACCAUAUUUGUUUCAGGCAGUGCCUCCAGAUGAUGGUGAACUACAACUGCCAUCAGCCUCAGCUAACAUGGCCAGUGGUGAAAGAUGGAAGUUGUAGUCAAACAGUAUCUGGAGGCCACUGCAUUGGCUGUACUGGACUGAAAUGUAGGAUAGAAGUCAAAUGAACUAAACUAGCAAAUCAUUACUUUACUGGAUAAAUGCAGAGUGAAAAAGGUCUUUGCUUCUACUAGGUACAUCCUAAUAAAACCUACUUUGCAGUAGGAGAAAAAGGAUGGAAGCCAAACAUGAUUAUCUAUGAAUACCCUUCCUUAAGGCCAUACAGAGUAUUACGAGGUAUGUUAAAACAUAAGCCGUCUCACAAUUUCAGAUUCAUGCAGAAGAAUUAAUGGUCACAGAAAUAGAAGCAAUUUUCUGUUUGAUAUUUCUUGUUUGACUACACGGAGAUUUGUAAGUAGUCAUUCUCUUUCUUUUAAAUAUCUGCAAGUGAUUAAGAAGAAUUGGCAUUAUUAUUUUCAGAGUCAUAUGCCAUGUUCCCUUUUUCUGUGUUCAUGUUCGAGAAAAAGCAAUGGAUGCAUGGCUAAAUGGCCAAGUAUUGAAAGAAGGAUGAUAAAGGAAUUCUAUUCUUCAUUACUGGUUUAUUUUUUAUUAGGUGGCUAUCACUCUGGAACCUAAAUGCAGUUCAAUAGCUUUUGAGUUGAGUUUUUUUAUUAAAAAAAAAUAAAGCUGACAAAUCAGUUCAGUGGUAUCUCUUACAUUUGAUGUGAUUUCAGUAUCCUGGCAAUGUGAAAUUACCGUAUUUUUUGCAUCAUAACACUCACUUUUUUCCUCCUAGAAAGUAAGGGGAAAUGUCUGUGCGUGUUAUGGAGCGAAUGCCUGUGGGUGGCGGGGGGGGAUCUGCUGCAGUCGUGAGCAGAGGAUCCAUGGUUCCCCUUCCUUCCCUCCUCCGUGGUUACAAAGCAUGGAUCCACAUGGAUCCUCAGGAUUUUGCAUUGAGCUACUCCAAACUCACUGUCAGAUCACAUGUCUGUGGCCACAGCAUGAACCACAAAAAUCAUAUAUCCACUAUUUCGUUUAGAAUAUUUUUUUUCUUGUUUUUCUCCUCUAAAAACUACGUGCGUGUUAUGGUCUGGUGCGUGUUAUAGAGCAAAAAAUACGGUACUCAUUGUGGGGGAAAGGAAAGGCUUAUGAUGCGCACGCACGCACACACACGCACGCACACACGUAUAUACUAGUAUCUGGGACUCAGAGACAGAAUUUCUACAAGACCUGAAGGCUCAAGGAUAGAUUAUCACCUGAAGCCUUUGUUUUCUCUCUCUUCAUACAGACUGUCUUUAUUGUUCUCUAUUUUAUGGUUGCUUUGUACUGUUUAAAUGUACUUAAAAUAGAAGCAAUCUGUUUCAUACUUACUUCAAAAAAAAAUAAUUUACAAUAUGCGCUAGUUGAUUGGCUAGCACAUUGGUAUGUUCCCGUGAACAUUUAUAUUGCAUUAAGAAACCUGUUAUAUCACCUUAUUUCCAGGUGGAACUGAAGAAGCAUAUGCAUUUGCUGACUUUAAUCGUUCGGGUACUUUGAUCGCCACAGUUGGGAGCAGCCCUGACUAUAUGUUAACAGUUUGGGAUUGGAAGCAGGAAAAGAUUGUAUUGAGAUCGAAAGCAUUUUCCCAAGAUGUUUUUAGAGUGACCUUUUCUCCAGAAAAUGAAGAGCAACUCACCACAUCUGGUUCAGGUCACAUAAAGUAAGCCAGCAAGUAGCAUAGUUUUAUCUCAAGGAACUAGAAUGCCACAGAGGCAUACAUGCAUGCUGACUAAAAGGAAUAUUUCAUCGGCAAAUGCAUCACACUAGAAAGCUGUACCUACCUUAACUAUACAUGAAAUUUUAAUUAUCUGUAUUAAAACAUUCCUGUUACUCAGUGAAGACCACGUUUUAUUUAGCUGCCCCAAAACAUUGCAAGUAUGAUGUGCAUUUUAUUUAUUUAUUUUAAAAUCAAGGUAGCCUUCUGCACUGGAUUGGCAGUGUCCUAAUUUUUGUUUCAUGUUGUAAUAUAGUUAUUUAUAAUCUUCAGACAAUUGAAAUGCCGUGAAUAUCUUCUGAAAGCAGGAAAAGAAGCAGCCAUGUUGACUGGCUUCUUGUGUAAUUGGCUGCCCUUGAGCGCUGCACCCUUUUUCUGGUGCUCGAUGGUGCUGUUGCAGUGAGCUAGGAGCACUGGAAAGUGUAGUUUUGUCAGUACUCUUACACGGUGCUCCUCACGUCUGGCUUCCUGCUGUGGAAGCACUAGGUGGAGAGAAAGAGAAGCCUUACUCUUAUCCUCUUUCCCACUUCCAGAAUUGAAGCAGCAGAACAGUAGGUGAGCACGCAGCAGAUGACCACAACAUAAACUGAGCCCCCCCCCCCCGAUGUUAUGGGAAUAGUUUACCUAAUUCUGUGUCAUUAGAAGCAAAAUGGGGUGGCUGGGCAAUGGAUGGCAAUAUCACAAAUAAAAUGUGCUCUGGACAAUGUCAGAAUUAUCCUUCUCCUAACUAAAAUAAACCAAAGUGUAUAAAGAUACAUGUCCGGAUUAAAAACCACUUAAAUGCCCAGAUAAAAAAAUCCACUUAUCCAAUAAAUUACAUAUGUCAGAGUCCACCUGUACUAUAGUUAUAAGGUGCAGUCUAUCACACAGUUGAGACUUCUUAAUUUCCACCUAUUUGAAUUGAAGCUGCAUAAAUUUACAAUAGUUACAAUAAUUCCCACAGACAAAUUGGUUUGGUUCACAUAUAACUCCAAACUGGUUUAGGGUUUACAUGCAUGAGCCUGGGUGUUUGUGUGCUCCCCUUUACCCUGCUCUCUGGCAUAAGAGCAAGGAGUAGAUUGCAAGCUUUCAUGUUCCUUUUCAACUAACCAGUCGCUCAUUCCAUCUGAAUGAAGAUCAGUAGUUAGGCUUACCUGUGGUUUAGAAACAGUCCACCUUCAGACCAUUCAUUGCUUAUAAUCCUGGGUUGCGUCCCUGAAUUGUAAUUAGCACUAACCUCAGUUCAGUCGAAACAAGUAACAGCAGUGGUUAGUUGGAAACAGAAAUGAGAGCUCCUCCUUGCAUUUGUGCCGGAGGAGAAGAGGAAAGUGGGAGAGUAUGCAGUCCUAAGGACCUCCCAGACCAUGGGUAGGCAAACUAAGGCCCGGGGGCCAGAUCCGGCCCAAUCGCCUUCUAAAUUUGGCCUGUGGACGGUCCGGGAAUCAGCGUGUUUUUACAUGAAUAGGAUGUGUCGACCCCCCCCACAAGGUCUGAGGGACAGUGGACCGGCCCCCUGCUGAAAAAGUUUGCUAACCCCUGUCCCAGACUCAUCCUUAUAGCACUAAACUGUGAUUUGUAUCAAAAUGCAGCCAAUUAGUGCAUGUGAAAGGUUGAUAACAGUCUGUUUAAAGACCAAAAGAACCCCACGAAAACACUAACAGAGCUUUAAUUUUUAUAUUACCAGGUUUUGGAAGAUGGCGCUUACUUUCACUGGUCUGAAACUACAAGGAGCACUGGGUAGGUUUGGAAAAACAGCAUUGACAGACAUUGAAGGAUAUGUGGAGCUGCCAGAUGGGAAGGUGAGAAACAUUUCUAUCUUCUCAAACUUUUUUGUUUGUUCUCUAUUCACAUUUGCCCUGACACAAAUUUACAGGACAUUGCUGUGUGGAAAGGCAUAGCCUGUCCAGUGUGUGCUGCUUCUAAAAAUGAUGAGGAGCUUAUUCUGUUUUUAAUGAAGUUUUUUUAAAAAAGCAGCUGGUAAACAGUGAAUACGUUUUAAGAAUUGGCGGGAUAUGUUCCCAUAGACUGAUAUCGAUCAAUAGUUGCAGUAAUUGAGAUUUCUGAAUUGUUUUUAAAGGCACAUCCUUGUAUAAUGCAGUGCCCAUCCCUCUUAUGGUUUGUGGCAAACCACUUAGCUGUAAACAAAAUAAAUCAAAGAUAAAGAGCAUAAAGAAACACUAUUGCAGCAGUUAGAAAGCAGCAUAUGGUUGGACAUUAUCAUUGAACUUAUUGUUCCAAAACAUUGCAAAAAAAAACAAAAACCUUAAAAAAAUAAACCUGGGAUCUGUAGUUGACCCUUCACAUAGCAACAAUUCCCAGUACAGUUCCCGGGGUUCUUUGAGAGGGAAGCAUGUUUCAAAUGUAUGGUGUGCCUGCAGCCUUGGUCUUAUGAACAUGCCUCAUUUGCCAUUUUCCUAGCAAAUGUAUCUGUUGUCUGUGAAAACUUGGGAUGUAACUUACUUCAAACGUAAUGUGUCCUUCCCUGUAUCCCUUUUCAGAUAUACAUCAAUAUGACAGAAUACUAAUGCAUUUUGUUUUGUCUGCAUGAAAGGUACUUUCAGGGUCAGAAUGGGGCAACUUGUUGCUCUGGGAAGGGGGCCUCAUAAAAGUGGAACUUUGCCGGCCUGGCCGUAAAAAUUGCCACAACGGCCCAAUUAAUCAGUUAGUUCUGGAUGAGGGAGAGGUGGUCACUGUUGGAUCAGAUGGAUAUAUUAGGGUGAGUAUUUUCCUAAGUCUUUAUUUGGUGGGGGUAUGUGUUUUCUUAAUAUGUCUCUUCUUUAUACACUUAAUAUUUGAGUGUACCCAGGAUUAUUCAUGGGUUGAUGGUACUGUUUACUCUUCUGCACUUUUUAUCAAACUAUUAACAGUGGGCACUGUGAUCUGAACCACUGAGCCUCUUGGGCUUGCCGAUCGGAAGGUCAGUGGUUCGAAUCCCCACAAUGGAAUCAGAUCCCGUUACUCUGUCCCAGCUCCUGCCAACCUAGUAGUUUGAAAGCACACCAAUGCAAGUAGAUAAAUAGGUACCACUGUGGCAGGAAGGUAUACAGCAUUUCUGUGCGCUCUGGAUUUCGCCACAGUGUUCCGUUGUGCCAGAAGCGGUUUAGUCAUGCUGGCCAUGUGACCUGGAAAGCUGCCUGUGGACAAACACUGGCUUCCUUGGCCUGAAAGCGAGAUGAGCACUGCAACCCCAUAGUCUCCUUUGACUGGAUUUAACCGUCCAGGGGUCCUUUACCUUUUUUAUUAACAGUGACCACUGGUUUUCACUAAUGAGAUUCCUGCUGGAAUAUUUCAUUAACCUGGUGCUGAGACUGAAUGAGAUUUAUUAUAAGUGUGCUUGGGGUGGUUAUUUCACAAUCAGAGUACCUACACAAACAGGUAGUGAGUUAAGCUUGCCCUCCUGUGCCCAAAGACAGGAAGUGCAGACAGGUCUUUGCCCUUUAGUCACCUCUUUCCUCCUUAAUCUAUUUCCUGUCUUGGCCUGGAGCAGACUUGUGUACUGACAAAGACCUGUUUGCAUUUCCUGUCUUUGGGAAAAGAGGGCAGCAUAAUCCAUCAUGUAAUGUGUUCAACACCUUUGAGCAUGGGUAGGCAAACUAAAGCCCAGGAGCCGGAGCCGGAGCCGGCCCAAUCGCCUUCUAAAUCCAGCCCGCGGACGGUCCGGGAAUCAGUAUGUUUUUACAUGAGUAGAAUGCAUCCUUUUAUUUAAAAUGUAUCUCUGGGUUAUUUGUGGGGCCUGUGUGGUGUUUUUACAUGGUGUGCUUUUAUUUAAAAUGCAUCUCUGGGUUAUUUGUGGGGCAUAGGAAUUGGUUCAUUUCCCCCCUUCAAAAUAUAGUCCAGCCCCCCACAAGAUCUGAGGGACAGUGGACCGGCCCCCUGCUGAAAAAGUUUGCUGACCCCUGGAUUUGAGAAAUGCUAUUCAUAUGAAAACAUUGCUUCCUUCUUCAUUUGCUAAGGCUUUCUUUCGAACUUAAACAUAUCUUAUUUGAUUGAUGGUGUAUUCUGUAACAUGUUCUUGACACAAUAGUAGCGCAUUAAUGAUGGUUUUACCCUUCUUGAUCAAUUCUGUGAUGCUUCCCAAGUUGGACCACAUGAUGGCUGUCAGAGAGGCAAUAGCACAACAAAAGUGAGACAAGAAACCCACCAGGGCAGUUGUGAAAUAGGAAGUUGCAGGAAGUGCAUAGCUUGGGAUUAAAGCGGUUAUGGCUACCCUAAAACUUUUGCAGGCACAAAUAGUUUUGAAUGCGGGAUGACCUAUGACUACCCCAAUAGUGACAUGAGCACGCAUAAUAAAGAAUGCACAGUGAAAAGAACCCAAAUAGAUGUGAUGGUUAAUGUGCCUGUUGUUUCUUGUGUAAAUGGCAACUGUAGAGCCUGCACAGCCUCAGAAAUAUGGGGGAGGGAGGGGAAAUUUAACUUUCUCCCUGUCACAGUCCUGACAAAAGUUGCCUCUCUGAAACUGCUUUCUGCAUUUGAAACAUCAGUUGACACCAGUGACAUCAGCUGAGGCCUCCCUUGAAAUCCAGAUAGCAUCUUCAAGAGGCCAUUUUUUGUAAGAAGCACGGUAGGGAGAGGCAGGUUUAAACUAUCCCUUCCCAUCAGUUACAUGUGAAUGAAAAAUCCUUUUGAACUGCUCCUAACCUUAGGUUUGCUCAUAUUAGCCAAAUUUUCACAUUUAAUGCAUUGGUACUGGCAUUUGGCAACAAUAGAUAAUAUUUUCUUUUCCAAACUCCAUGAAGGUUUGGGAUUUUGAAACAAUAGAUACAGCUGAUAUUGUGGAUGACACUGGACUGCUGGAGGUGGAACACAUUAACGAACUUUUAGUUGGCAAAAAUGUAAAUCUGAACUAUAUGGUGAAAAUUCAUGAACGUGGAGAACCAUUUUGGUAUGCUCAGGUAAGCAUUGUUUUAGUCCUCCCCUGUGGUAUAUAGGAUUGUGUUGCUGUUAUCUUUUAGGACGCGCAUUAGUCAGUAGAGAAUGUGUGCCCUGAUUCAGUGAUGCACACAACCCUUUUUCAUGUGUAGGAUGUGAUGAUGUCAUGGCAACAUUUGAAGCUAAAGCAAAAAACCAGCCACCAAACUAGGAAAGUACCACUGUCGGGCAAAACAAAAAAUAAAAAUGGAAGGAAGGAAUAAAACUUCAGGGGCAUGAAUGAAUCUUAUUCCAGACCUUGCAGCUAGGAGGAAGGGCAAGGCUGAGCGUUCAGUUCUCACUUCCUUUCAUAUAGUUCCUGUUAACCCUAAGGGGGAACCUCGCAUUGGCACCACUAGGAUGUAAGAAUAGUUGCUACAGGGAUGGGAAUCUUGAUUGUUGUUGGCAGGGAGAAAAGGCUAAGCCCCUCGUGCACCGUUGUCCUAGUCGGGCCUCCUUGUGCCUGCUGUGUAUGAUUUCAAAAAAAUUAAAAACAGUGACGUGGGACAAGUUAGUUGUUGAUUUGCUUGGGAAAGUGCAGCUAAAUUUCUCUGAAUCCAAGCCAGUGUGUUUCGGAAAGGGAUGUAAAUACUGUUUGAAGUGAUAGCCAAAAGCUAAGUGUGUUUUUCUUCUUCUCUAGGAUGCCAAUGGAGCCAUCUGGAAGCUUGAUUUGAGUUUCACAAAUGUUGUAAGUUUUCCUUUCUGUUUUGUUCCCCUGCUUUCCCCUCUCAGUCAUUCCUCCACUGUACUUGAGUUAUACCUGAUAGUUAAAUAGAAGUCAAUAUUUUAUCUUUAAAAGAUGUGCAGCUUCUGUAGUUUAUUACUUUGAAAAAGAUGGUCUCAAAAAUGUCAGUACUAGUUGUUUGUGGUUCCAAUGGUGCUGCUGCCUCAGUGGAAAGUACUCAUGCAAGGUGAGGCACCCACUUUUCCCUCUUUUGUAUUUAAAGCCCCCCUCCCAGACUUCACGCUGUUUCUGUGGAUGUAAUUUGGCUCCAAUCCAAGCUGGGCUUCCUAAUGGCUAUUUUCAGGAACAGAAAAACAUAGCGGGAGAUCCGGUCAGAUCUUUCAUGUCUUGUUAGCUUGGCCCUAAGCGUUCAACAAGCAAGGUCUACAAAAGAACAGAUAUAAGGCACCACUGAUGCUUCCUCCUUAAAAAUACAAAGUAUACUGAUUUAAAACUGGUGCUUUUUCUGGGGGUACUCAAGGGUGUGUAGUACCAGCACCCCCCCAAAUGUUAAAAGUGUGGCACGUGCUGUAAUAACUUCAUGGUGAGCACCAGCAACUUUUUUUUCUAAAAAGAAAAAGAGCACUGUUUAAAACCAUGAACAGAUAUCAGUGUUUUUUGUCUUUGUUUAUCUGAUCUUCAAUUUGUGCCCUAGAUUGAAAACUAGGAACCCCAGUUUGAAUGUCCAAUGCAUUUUAGAGAUCAAAUUUUCAGAGGGGUUUUAAUGAUAUGUCCCUAGGUGACCCUGUUACACAAAACCUUUAAAAUACUUUUACAAACAGGCCUCUGAAAAAAAACCCAUUUUAUUUCUUUCCCCCCUGUAGACUCAUGAUCCAGAAUGCCUCUUUACUUUUCAUUCAGGAAAGAUAGAAGCCAUGUGUGUAUCUCCAGUCACCUAUAUCAUGGCCACCACUGGUCUUGACCGUAAGUACACAACUUUUUCCUUCUGACUCCUCCCACACUCAGUUUUCAAGGUUAAAAUUAGUUACGUUAAGUAGACACGUUUGGGGAAUAAUCCACAAAUCACUUGUAAUGGUGUAGUUUCUUUGUUUCUUCAGUGCCCCCAUGUAAAAUGUGUGGCUUAAAUUUUAGAAAGCAACGGAGAUCUAGCCUCCUUCUUAUCCUGAUCCCGUUAACCAUCUAACGCAGGUUCAGUUCGUGUCUUUGAUUUCAUUGACAAUGUGCAGUUGACUGAGAUGAAGUUUAAACAGGGAGGAACAGCAAUGGUCUGGGCACCAAACGUGGUAAGUAGUGCAAGAUAGAAAGAGGAAGUAUGUGGAUGAUAGUGCAAGACGGAAUGGGGACAUCCAUGGCUGGAGCCUAGCUGUUUUAAUGUACAAAUGGCUUAGGGUUUAUACUGCCCAUCUCUUAAGAUGGAGCAUAAUGAGAUUGAGGAGCAGGUUGUCUGGAUUGUUCUUCAUUCCUGUUCCUCUAGUUUCACAGACUGAUGUCCUCCAGAUGUUCUGAGCUGCAGAGAUCUGCUGGCUGGGGUGAAUGCAAGUUGUAGUCCAUAACAUCUGAGAGUGUCAGUUUUGUUUUGAUGGGUUUUCAUAUUUAUUAUUUGGCAAGCAUUUAACUUUUACGGAUUUUGUUUUUUGCGCCCCCUCCCGAGUUUUCCGGUGACAGUGAAAGAAAAUAGUUUAGUAUUGGUAUUUGAGAAGAAAAUGCUACUCACAACAUGAUUUAUUUUCCCUCUGUACAAACAAUUACAUACGUUACAUAGAUUUAGGAGACGAUGUAUAGGGCAGGGUUUAAAUUAGCUCUUAAUCGCAAUGUUAUUCUGUUUUCUUGAAGGUAAAUCCCAAGAAAGGCAUAAUGGUUGUAGGUUUUCAAGAUGGCGUUGUACGCGUUAUUGAACUUUUUGAUCCAAAGGGACUUCCUGUUGUAUCUGGACGGGACAAAGGAGCGCCUGCAGCCUUGCGUCUGAAACAGGCAUUCAAACCUCAUACUACUAUAGUAACAGCUUUGGCCUAUGAGCGUAAUGGAGAAUUGCUUGCCACAGGGGUAUGUUUCAACCAAACCUAAAAACUGUUUUGUUUUGAAUGUUAGUGGAAAUUUACUGCUGCAGAUGCUGAGAUGUAGAUGAUCAAACUGAACUUCAGAUUGUUCAUUACCUAAGAAUUAAGGUCCAAGACCUUUUUGAAAUGAGAGAUUUUUGCUGAUCCAUAGAAGUUUCAGUGUAUAAUGAGUCAGUUCAGAGAAUUAUUCAGGAGAUUUUUUGACACCUCUGCUUCUCACAUCAUCUUAGCUUCUUCUCUGCUCCCUUGAGGCCCAGCUCAGACAGAACAUUUGGCUGAGACUUUAAAAGAAAGGCUUGUUCCUUAAGGAUUCAUGGAAAGGUUUUAGAUUUGAUUUUACGUGUUAAAAUCAUCAGUGUUGUGUUUUUGUAUAUGUUCUGUGCUUUAAACCAUAUCUUCUUCUUAUGUAAGAAUUGUUUGAUUUUUAAAAGUUUUUUAAAGCCCUUUCUCUUAAUUAGAUUCAUUACUGACCUUAUUGUGGGUAUUGGCUAUAGAUCGCCAAGCCAGACUGAAUACUUGGAUGAUGAUUUACUAGAGCAGAUAAGAAUGCUACGAUUACUAAGACCCAGCAUGGGUUUCUCAAAAGUCAUGCCAGACCAAUCUGAUUUCUCCCCCCCCCCCCUUUUUUUCUUUUUAUGGAAUGAGACACUUGGUGGAUCAGGGCAAUUCUGUGGACAUAGUUUAUCUUGAUUUCAGUAAGGCUUCUGACAAAGUCCCCCAUGAUAUUCUCACGAGGAAGUUGGUAAAAUGUGGGUUGAACGAGGUAACUGUUAGGUGAAUUUGUAGCUGGCUGACUGACCGAACCCACAGAGUACUCAUUAAUUGUUCCUUGUCAUCCUUAUAACACUAGGUGCAGCUUUUGUAUAUCAAGGUUGAUGCUAAAACAGAGGAUUGUGUUGUGGUGGGACUCUGUUCUUUGUAGCAGCAGACUAGCAUGGCUACUCUUGUGGAAUGCAUGGCUUUAUUCAUUCUUCCGUCUUUUCCUUCCCAGAGUAACGAUAAAACUGUGUUCUUCUUUAACGUUGAAGAGAAAUAUGAGCCAAUUGGCUUCCUCUCUGUCCCAGGGCCUGUUCAGGCAUUGCAGUGGUCUCCUCUUUCUCAUGUGAGUAGCGGUGUUUUUCGUAGUAUUUGCAUCUCAUGAUUUGUGUUGUAACACAUUGCAAUACUGUGUUUAUCCAUUGGUGGUUAUGUUGUCAUCAGUAACUGGCAUUUAACACUCCGCUCCCAUGAAGCAUUUCUGGGGCAGGGCAGGGACUGGGUCCAAGGUCCCUCUGUUCUUUGGGAAUGCCCCAGUGAUUCAACUCCCUUUCUAUGCCAACCUGGAGCUGGGGUAACUAAUUCCCACCCCCACCCACCCCACUUUGGCAGCAAUGGGUGAAAUUUAAAGUAUCUCAAAAUCUGCAUGAGAAAUAUAUAAUGCCCACUUUCUGCACCUCUCACUUUGGCCAACAUGAGCCAUCAGGGAAGUGGUGGGUGAUCUGCCGCUUCCAUACCCUCCUGUUUACAACAAAAUUUGUGUUUCAUUUUGGCAACAGUUGUCCCUGAGCUCUGACCUAUUUUUAAGAACAUAAGAAUGUUUCACCAUCAUCGUCAAAACUCAGCACCAUACACGUGCCUGACACUUGUGUUUCAUGUCCUUCUUCCGUAGCCUGAGAGCACGCUACUUAUUUUCUGCAAGAACGGCAUUGUUGUUCAGGUUCCUGCUCCAGACCCUGGGAAUUACAACGCAGCAACGACCUAUAGAAUAAAAGACUUGCCUACACAAUAUUUUCGUUUCUGCAGCAUAAAAUCUCGGAUUCUGGUAAAGCACCACAUGCAAAUAAGGAAAUGCAAUCCUAAGGAAAGAUAGAAUACUGAAGUAAGAAAUGCUGAGCUCGUUAGUUAUUGUGGUCCUGGAUGUAAGACUGCAGCUAAGGACUUUGUAGCCCAGCAGAAAUUAUUUCCUAAAGUAUUAGGAUCUGCACGUGUUGAUUAUGAAUGUGUCUGCCUCCAGGAUCAGAGAGGCCUUGCCUCUGAAUGCCAACCGCUAAAGAACAAUGACAGAUGUGGGCUGUUGCUCUCAAUUCCCAAACAGAUAAAACUAAGCAACACACACACACACACACACACACACACACACAGUUAGUGAAUGAAGUCCUAUCUGUGGGCUUUGCAGACGUUGCCAGUGGGAUAAGGAUGCUGGACUAGAAGGGAUUUUGGUGUGAUCAACACAGUAGUUUUUUAAUGCUCUUUUUUUACUGGCUCUUUUAAAAAGCUUGAAGAGGAACUUGAACGCAGAGAAAAAGUGAGAAUAGAGAAGGAGAAAGCAAAGCAGCAGUGGAUAAAGCAGCAACUGGAUGAGGGGAAAACAAUGGAAGAAAUUGAAUUUCCACAGGAAGAAGCUGUGGAAGAGGAACCACUGCCUGAAAUCUACAUCCCAGAGACUCCAAGCCCCAUCCUGUGUGGGUUUUACUCUCGGCCAGGGAAAUUUUGGUUGUCGUUGGUAAGCCAAUCUUUCUUUCUCGCAGGUAACAAAAUGAGGAGAGUAGUUUCUCCCUUCUUUUAUAGUAUAAUGAGAAUGCAGCUUAAAUGGCCGAAGGAGCUGGCUUUUCACAUUGUACGCUUUCACCUUGGUCUCAGUUCUAUUUGAAAGUGGUUUGAGUUUUUUUGUUUCACAUAGAGGGCUGCAUAGCAAUCUCUCAGGACUUCAGUAGUGGCAUCCCUCCCAUUGUCAAUUUUGAUUGGCACUCUUCCUGCCAACCUCAGAUGCAAAGCGAGAUUAAAAUCUAAAUGGUAAAAUGCAAAAGGUAAAAACUACAAGAUGCAAGAAUGUCAUGCUGAUUCUGGAUGUGUCUUAAACAUGCAAGCAUAGUUUUCACUCUUGUUUCUUUUCAUUCUAGUGCUGUUCCCCAUCUUUUGUUUAAUUUUUAAGCAGAAUUGCAGGCUUAUUUUUCAAAGGAAGCCCUUUACCUGGAGAUAGAAAUGAAGUGUGUUUGCCUAUAGUAUGGUAUGAAAUACAACUGAUGAUGAAACCAUUUUUGGGAAAGGAGGAAGUUUUAGUCUGGAAUUUUCCAAACUGUAACAGAUUAAUGGGGGGGGGGGGAGAAGAGGAGAAAGAAGGAAUCAAGAAAUAAAGUUAACAACUCUUCAUAACUCACUGUUUCCUUUAGGGAGAGUAUGAUACUGGAUUCCUGUUCCACUGUGCAUUUUCUCGUCAGCAAGGCGACAAAGAACCUGAGGCUCGGAAAGAUGAACCUUUUGCCUAUAUUCAUUUAGAAGAUACAGAAGACACUGCCAUUAGACGGAUUGUGUUUUGGUAAUGCAGCUUUUACAGUAUGUUGGUUGGUUUCAUGGGUUGAGUUGGGUUUUUAAAAUAAGUGUGAAACACUUGGUCUUUGUUUGUUUGUUUUUCUUUUAUAGAUUGUAUGCCGUGUAUAUAUUUGCAGGAGCUGAUCUCUUGAUAUAAUGGCAGUCUGGUUAGCACUCCAUGACUGUCACCCCCUGAAAGUAGUAUGUUGAGGAAAUAUUAUGGAAUACUAUUAGACAUACUGAGACAUACUGAAUUAGUUUAAGCUGUUACUUUUGCAUCCUGGUUAGGGCAUAUAGCAGGGCAAGAAAUAAAUUUCUCCUUUUCAUACCCUUCUUUAUAAAAGCCAAGCAUUUGGAUUUUAAAAGAUUGAAAUGAUUUCCAUACAUCCAGUAGCAAAUGUGGCUCCAGAGUAGCUCGGGGGCCCCUUCCCACUGACCCAAUGGUUCUCUUUUCACCCUCAUAAUGUAUAUGCUAUGUAUAUGUAUACUACAUGCAUGCAGAUAUAGAGGUGGGUUGUUGCAGCACUGGGUUAGCUGGUCCCCUACUAAAUGUGUAUCCUCGUGGAGGAGCUGCCUCUUCUCUGCAGAGAUCAGGGUAGAGCAGGCCCCAGGUGCAAGAUCCAAGAUGCAAGGGUGAAUGAAGUGAUGGUUGGGAUGAAUUCAGAUACCCUUUUGUAUGUAUGUAUAUGGAAAAGAGAGAAACAAGGGAUUGAGAGGACGGUGGGAUGGUGUGGCCAUUGCGGUGCAUUGGCUUUUGUCAGUGGUAGCCACCCUGUUGAAAAUAAUGAAUCCAUUGUCCAUCUGUGCCAACGCCAGGGGUGGAGGAAGAGGGGUGCGGUAGGGGCGGUCCACCCCGGGUGCCACCAGUGAGGGGGGGUGACAUAAUGCUGGGUGGCACUCACCGCGGGGCCUGCAGCGUGCCCAAGUCACAUGUGUCUCCUGGGAGUGAUGAGGUGGCUUGGGUGCUCCAAAUGGUCCGCCCACCACCUCCCCCUCAGCUGUAGGGCGGCUGAGUGGGAUGAGGCAAACAGACUCCUCGGAGGCCCCAUGGUGCCUCCGUGGGCGGCUAGCCUCACCCCUUGGCAUAGGGCAUCCGUGCCGCCCCAGGCGUCCGAUCGGCUUGCUCCGCCGCUGGCCAAUGCUGAUGCCAGGAAGAGCCAGAAGUCAAAGUGUUGAAGCUAGCAGUGAGUUUGUAUGCAAAGAGUUCAUAAGCAUCAGUUUAUGUGUAACUCAAACUGGAUUUAAGAGAUGUUAAAGGCUCCAGAAUCCUCCAACCCACCUGUUCUGCUCAUAUACCCAUUUAAGGUAAAAUCCUAAAAUGUGACACAGGUCACAGUCACACCAUGCAUUCAUAGCACAUAGAUCCCCCCUCCGAGAAUCCUGGGAACUGUAGUUUAUGAAGGGUGCUUGGAAUUGUAGCUAUGUGAUGGGUGAUUACAGUUGCUAGGAUUAUUUGGAGAAAACCAUGCACUUUAAGUGUAUAGUGUGGAUGCAAGCCCAAAUGGUAUGCUUCCCUUAGAAUUGAGGAAACACUGUGAUAUUUUUUCAAUCCAUUAGUCAAAAGCUUCAGAAAACACCUCUGCCAGCAUUACCUUUUUCCUACUAGAACUUUGGAUGCCUCACGUUACCUGGGCCUUCUUAGGAUUCACAGAACAAUACUAAAUAUUGGAGGCAAGUGGAACUUACACUGCCUUCAAUUGAGCUGUUCCAAACUCUGUUCGAGAGCAGGACUACUGCUGGCUCAGCUGGUGUAAGCCUGGCAACGGAAAAACAGACCUUGACAUACACUGUCUUCAUAACAGCAUGAGUCCUGCCAAGCUGGCAGGUUAUGUGGCUGAACUGAAUAGAAGUUAGGAUUCAAGUCCUUCUGCCUGGUACCAUCCCACCACUUCCCCAGAACGCCCAUUUUUCAGGGCUUAGGUAAAGGUAAAGGGACCCCUGGCCAUUAGGUCCAGUCGUGACCGACUCUGGGGUUGCGGCACUCAUCUCAUUUUAUUGGCCGAGGGAGCCAGCGUACAGCUUCCGGGUCAUGUGGCCAGCAUGACUAAGCCGCUUCUGGGAAACCAGAGCAGCGCACAGAAAUGCUGUUUACCUUCCCGCUGGAGCGGUACCUAUUUAUCUACUUGCACUUUGACGUGCUUUCGAACUGCUAGGUUGGCAGGAGCAGGGACUGAGCAACGGGAGCUCACCCCAUCGUGGGGAUUCGAACGAACGACCUUCUGAUCAGCAAGUUCUAGGCUCUGUGGUUUAACCCACAGCACCACCCAGGGCUUACAGCCAUGUAAAAUAUGUCCAUCUUGGCUCAGCUGACUAAAUCCUGGCUGAGCUUGGAUGUGGGAGUUAUGCUGGCAUAUCUUUGGUUGAACCAGGAUUCAACCUAGCCUGGCUGUGCUAGGAAUCGGUUGUCUGAGCCUGAAUUUCUGAAUCCUAACUUGCACAUACCAGUAGAUCUUGGGUUUGGAUUGCUCCCUUAGAUAUCCAUUUCGCAGGGCAUUGUGGAGAAAGUAAUCAUCCUCAGCUGUUUACGUUUUGAUUACUUCCACAGCUCCACUGGCUUGCUAAUGAUCUGUGGCAUGCAGGAUGGAGCAGUACGGAUCUACGCUCUCCAUGAGAAAUGGCUCUCAAAGGACAAUAUAGCUGGAUAUUGGUCAUACAGCAUGCAUGAUAAUAACUAUGGGCAAAUUCAAGGCAUCUGUCCCAGUUUUGAUGAUCGGUUUCUUGUGACCUGUGGAGCAGAUGGCAAUAUCUUUACUUAUAACAUCCUUUCAGCUGAGGAGGUUAAGAAAGUGCUAAAGGCUAAGGUGCCCUCUCCAAGGGUAAGUAACAGCCAGGAAGAUAGGCCUUACUUCAUAUUUUAAGUGCACAAUUAUUGGGAAACUUUCAGCUGUUUCUCCUUGAUGAACAUUUUUUUUCCAGUCUCCUUAGGGUUGGGCAGCAGGGAGGUUGCUAGAUUGCUAGAAAGACACCAUUGUGUCUUUUAUGUCCUAUAUGAAUUAUAGUACUGUGAGGAGCUGCAUGCAAUUCCAACCUAACUUCAGGAACAGCCAUGCCAACUGUUGACAGUGCCAUCAAUUGUUUGAUUACAUUCUUCCACAGAGAGGCCUUGAAAGAGAGAGACCAGCAGAAGAUAUUGAGGAUCCUACUGCCUACAGGUAAAGCUGCUGAAAGAUAGACUUUACUUCUGAAUCCCUCAUGAGGAACAGGUUUCACUAAUGGCCUCUUUGAAAUGGCAGUGCACCCUCAUCCAGUGUGGCAUAUUGACAAGUCAUGUUGCUAAAGCUAUUCCCCUCAAAUAUCUCUCUCAUUUCUCGAUUGGUGCCUGGGAUGCCAGUAUGAAUUAAGAGGUCAGAUCUAGAUGACUUCUAGAUAAGCACUCUCUGCUCUGUUGAAACAGUUCCUUAAUGCAUAAAGCUUUCAGACCCACCCAGCCCACCUCAAAAGCCACUGUUGGCUUUGUCAGGAUAAUUGUGGUGCAGCUUCUGUCAGCUUUUUAAUCAUUCAUUUGGUAGCUCCAUCUAAUAGUUCAGUUCUAUACAAAUUUAUUUGUUUAUACAACACUGUCCCAAAGAGGCUUAUUAUCCAAAUAUUGCAAAACUGGAUAUUUUGUAGAUAGAAUCAUAGAAUUGUAGAGUUGCAGGGGACCCCAAGCUGUGUAAUUUUUGCUGUAAAAAACCCUUAUUACAUAAUGAAAUGUUAUUCUUUUCUGUAGGCCCACUUCCAGAGUUUAGGUUUAAACUGCUCCAUCUUCUCUUUAUUUUCUCAUAUUUCUAGUAUUGAAAAUGCGAAGCAAAAAAAGGAACACGAUUAUAUAAUGAGGAUAGCAGAACAGAAGAAAUCUAUUAAGAGACAAGAACUAAGCACUCUAAGGGAGGAGUUUCAGAAUUUGCUUCAAAUGAACCGUCAGCUGCCAUCCCACAUGCAACUUCACAGAGCAGUAUGUAUGGUUUUUCUUUCUUUAGAGGUACAAAUUAAUGCCUUAGUGUGGCUUGUAUUUUUGUAAUGGGUCAAUGUUUAUUUUGUUUUACUAGGGUAUUUAUGCUAAGGGCUCAGGUCAGUUUGCAAUUUAAAUAAAACAACCAGCUGAAAGUGGGCCCACUGCUUCCGUGUUCACUCCCAAUAGUUGAAACAACGAAGCCUGCUAUUUUCUUAAAAAGAAAAAUGCCUGUUUUGCUUUUUAUAGUUGUGCUUUCUAUGCAUUUCGUAGUUUAUCUUGAUAGUUUUCAGAUUCACAGUGUGUUUGAAUUGCUUUGUCCUAUAAAGGUGGUUCCAACCUUUUCCCCAUGGUUAAAGUAUUUAGUCCAGUACUCCCCAAGGAACAGCUUGUUGGAACACCGAAUACCAGUAAAUUAGGAGGGUAUUCAUGUCAUUUUACCAUGCAUGUAAAGUGUAAAGCAGAUUAAGAACUACAAGAUUUAGCUUUGGUUCCAUGUAUAUGUAGAGAUUGACUAAUACAUUCAGGUGAUUGCUUUGAACAGUGAAUCUUACAAGUGGACAUCAUUGGGAACAGUUUGGAAGUAGAGAAAUGAAUUAGCUGAGGCUCGACUAUGACUGCUUUAAAAUAUUGUUAAGGUUGCUGACUGGCUGUUCCUAAAUUAGGCAAAUUGCUGAUGGCAGUUAGGAUUUCACCAGUAUUUUUAUUUCUUCAUUUAUUUUGUUUAGAAUACGCUUCUCUCACUCUAUAGCUCCAAAAGGCUCUAAAAACCAGCUUGCAAAAAGAUCAAAAUAACAUCACAAUCUAUGUAGCACAGGAGCAGAAAUUACAUCUUGCCCUUGGUAGAACUAUUCAGGAGAAGAGGUGCAUUCUGGUGAUGGCGAAAUAGGGGGUGGGCAACAUGGUCAUGGAACAGCAGAGUCCCAUUUUGCCUCAGGUGAUGAAAUGGGAUGGGCCACCCCUUGUUUGUAAACAGAUGCUGGGGUACCUCUGAUUCUGGAUGCUUUUGGACUUCAGCUCCCAUUAUCCCAUACCAUUGGCCAUUCUCGAUGGGGCUGAUGAGAACUGGAGUCCAACAACAUCUGGAGGGCCACAGUUUCCCCAUCUCUGCCUUGGACCAUCAUGAUCCAUCACAUCCCAGCAUCCGGGAGCACUGCUGAGAAGGAGAAUAGACAUCCAGCAAAUGAACAAACCAUGACCGUAACCACCAUCAAAUGAAACGCUCCUUUUUCAAUACGCAGCAAUUUGAGUUGGACCGCAGAAUCCGUGCAGAGAUGGACAGAAAGACCGCGCAUAAGAUCCGGCUUGUCCUAAAGGAAUUGGCCUGGGAACAGGAGAAACAUCGCAUUGGGCUGCAGAAAGUAGAGAAUCGGCAAGUGCCAUUUCCCGUUGUCCUCAAAUUUUGGGAGACAUUCUUCAUUUGCUAAGAUGUUAUAUUUAAGCAAAGUUUUUGUUUUAUUUUUAAAAAGCUGGAAACUUUCCCUUGAAAACUGAAGUCAUUCUGGUAUUACUCAUUUUGCUUGAGAACAUAAGAGAAGAACGGGGUAGGAUUAGACCAGAUGCCUCUCUUGCCCAGUGUUCUGUUCUCACAGGAGCCAAACAGAUGCCUAUGGGAGGCAGAGCAGCAGGAUCUGGGGACUCUCCUGCUCCUGUUGCCCAGCAGCUGGUAUUCAGAGGUAUACCGUCUUUCAUCCUAGAGGCAAUAUAUAGCCAUCAAGACAGAUAGCCAUUGGUAGCUUUAUUCUCCAUGAAUUUGCCUAAUCCCCUUUUAAAGUCACCCAGUUUGUGCCUUUGCUGCAACUUGUGGUAGCAGAGUCCAUUGUUUAGCUAUGUUCUCUGUGAAGAAAUGCUUCCUUUUGUCUGUCCCGAAUCUCCCACCAUUCUGUUGGAUGACCCUCACUCGGUUUUAGUGUUAUGGAAGAGAAAGAAAAACUUCUCUCUGUCCACUUUCUUCACACCAGGCAUAAUUUUAGGUGCCUCUAUCACAGGCUUCCUCAACCUCGGCCCUCCAGAUGUUUUUGGCCUACAACUCCCAUGAUCCCUAGCUAGCAGGACCAGUGGUCAGGGAUGAUGGGAAUUGUAGUCUCAAAACAUCUGGCAGGCCGAGGUUGAGGAAGCCUGCUCUAUCAUGUCGCCCCUUAGUUUCCUUUUUUCCUAAACUAAAAAGACCUAAGCUGCAUCCCCUUCAUCGUUUUGGUUGUCCUUUUUCUGACCCUCUUCCAGCUGUGCAACAUCAAGAACUGUACAUGGUAUUCCAAGUGCAAGGACACCCAUAGAUUUGUAUGAAGGUAGAUAGGUACUGCUCCGGUGCGAAGGUAAACGGCGUUUCCGUGCGCUGCUCUGGUUUCGGUGUUCCGUUGCGCCAGAAGCGGCUUAGUCAUGCUGGCCACGUGACCCGGAAAAACUGUCUGCAGACAAACACCGGCUCCCUCGGCCUGUAAAGCGAGAUGAGCGCCGCGACCCCAGAGUCGGCUGCGACUGGACUUAGCUCUCAGGGAUCCUUACCUUUAUUAUACAAAUACCUUUUGUUUUUUAUUUUCAGCCCGUUUCCUAAAGUUCCUAAAGUUCACUAACAUAAAAUCUGCCUUAUUCACAGCUGCUUCACACCAGGUUGAUACACUUGUAAGCAAGUGUAAAGUGAUGAUGCACACUGGGGCAAAGAAUCCCUAACUUUGCAUAUAAAUGCUAAAGGGAUCUGAGCUGACAGUUACAGACCAGGAAGGGAGUUCUUUGGGUGGCACAGAGAAAGAGAGAACUACGCAAUGCUGCAAACUCCAUCUAAUUUUAGCUCUAGCCCUUCCCAGCAGCUGCCAUGUAGUUCUUGACUGAUUAACCUGGAGGGAAUGCUGCCUUUGACAGAAAAAUGGUUUGUAGACCCUGGCAUAGAGGCUGUUGCUGCUUGGCUGAUCCCUGCCGAGACAACUUUAUGGAGCAGAAAAUGUGGCAUUUAAAAAAUUAGAUCUUUGCUUUGAUUCCUCAGGUUUCGGGCCAGUUUGGAAUAUGACACCAUUGUGGUCUGUGCCAUGAGAAGCAACCACCGAAUCUCCACGUACAGACUGUUGUCAAUCUCAGAAAAAUUGUACAAUGUCAGUAAACAAAGUCAAGCAGCGAAAAGAAGACAGAGCAAGUACGACCAUAAAGGAAAAGACACAGACCAAAGGACAGAGACCCAAAAGGAUGCCAGUAAGCGUUUGAAAACAUUGUGGCAGAACUAUCACAACCAUAAGAUAAUAUUUUUUCCCCAGCCUUCAUCUUAUAUUACUUGUUAUGGUUCUAUACCAGAGGGUUUGUCAGAUGGUAUCCUCGCACUAUAUUUCAAAAAGCAGUUCCCUAACGCUGCUCAAAAACAGAGUUCCCCACAUUGCAUUGAAUGUCAACAGUUUCCUCCACAAGCACAAUACUUUAUUUUGCUUCUUGGUGAAAUACUGUGAUUUUUUUUUUAAUAUAGUGGAGUAGCAAGUGCCUAAGCAAGUAGGUCGCUGGUUCUUCAGAAAUAUACUGGGUUUGCAGUUUAUCAGAGCAGAUGGUAGAGCUGCCUUUGUCUUGUCAGCUUUUAGCACUCUGAUUUAUAAGAAAGUGCUGUCCGGUCAAAAUUGUACUGUAUGUGUUUAUUGAGGGCAGACUCCAUGCCAAUAUGUGACUCUUUGCCAGCUGUGCGAUCGUACCCAUAUUUUUUAUUUAGUUUUUCUAUAUAGUGCUAACACAUGUGGAACACUGUCAUGGGACUGUAUAUCACAGGCUAGUAGAUAAUAAUUAUUAUUAACAGUGCCUAGGAAACCUUGCUUUUAUUUUUUAAGGGAAAUGUCUUUUAAGUGGUCCGGAAUGUCUAAUGGAUAGUUACUCCAUGGGAGCUAGGAAAUUGCUGGAGUGUUUGAAUUCUGUCAGAGUUUAGAAAGUGACACACACACACCAGCUAAGAUGAGGGUGCUAAUGUAAAAUCUGUAUGUAUGUUUGUCUGUCUGUGUAUAGAAAAAGAAGGGCAGAGAGAAGCACAAAGUUAGCAGAAGGCUAAAAGAAUGUUCACAUAAAGGUUGCCUCUCUCUGGUGAUGUGAUGUGGGGUAGCUGAUCUGCUAUUUAAUAAGGCAAUGGCUUUGCUGCUUGCCUCCAUUUAGGGGCUUUUUGUCUGUUUGUUAAUAAACCAAAUGUAUGUUGUGCGCCUCCAGUGCUCUCUCCUUCAAAGGAAGCCAACUUAUAAAGUGUUGCCCCUGGAACUCUCACCGGCCAGAAAAGUGGAGAAUUCGUUCCUUAGCUUAGGUUGAAGGCAACCAGUAAAGGUGGUGGUGUUUUUAUAUAGAAGGAUUAUUACAAUGGCUUCUCUUAACAUUUAAUGCUGAAAUAAUGUUUUAGGCAUUAUUUAUUAGAGUUAUAUAUCGCUUUUCAUCAAAAGAUCUCAGGGUGGUUCACAAGAUAAAAUCUGGGGCAAAGUCCCUCCUACACACAGAAGCUUAGGUGGCUUUGCAUUUUACAACAUUGAGGGGCCAUAGUGAGAAUUCCUCAGAUGCUACCACACUAGCCUUCGCAAAGAGCAGGAAAUAUCAGAAGAUGUCAUUUAAAACCUACUUUCGCGAGGAAAUCCCUUGGGGCCAGCACCAGUUUGGUAUUCAGCAAGCUGAAUUUGGAAACUGUUCCCAUGAUACAACAUUUUUGUCAAAGUGGGUGUAAAUGCAGUACUCUACUAAGACAACCCUGUGAGGAUGAUAUGGACAGAAGCAUGUUACUUUAUUUUUCUUCGCAUUUGUGCAGAGCCAAAAUUUCCAACCCAGGCUUCUAUUAGUGAAGAAGAAGUGGAUUCAGAAAAGCUGCAAAAAAAGGGGCACCCACACACGGUGGCAAGCCGCAUUGUUGAAAAUCGAAUGGAGAAACUUAGAAAAAUUAUUGAAAAAGCAGACAGAGCCAAAGCUAAGAUCCAACAAAGAAGGAAUGAAUGGGAUGAACUGUGAGUCAGAAUAAAAAGAAGAAAACAAAGGACUUUUUAAAUGCUCAUCAUUGAUGGAUGUUGUUGAUAAACAAAUAGUAGUCAUACCUGGCCCAUAUUACUUCAAAAUUUCAAAAUGUUAUCAUGAUGUGGUAUAACGGUAGGACCAUGUGGAGUGGUAUAUGGACUCAUACCUCCUCAAAGUGGAGACCCAAAGGAGUGACCCCAUUGCUAGUGGCAAAGCCUGUCCUUAUUAUAAGGCAGGCUCUUGACCACACCCACAGCCUAGCUGUAUCCACUCAGCCAGCAUCCAAACACCCCCCCCCCCCCGGCAAUCAGCUAGACAAACCUCUUACUUGCAGGCAGGUGGCAAUUACAUCAAGAAAGACAGACUUGCUUACUGGAAGAGCAGACCUGGCAAGGGUCAGGCUGGUGCAAACCAUCCCCUCUGGGCUUAGUCCUCUUCUAGGUCUGUUCUCCAGUAAUGCCUCCAUGUGAAUUAGUAGGAAGGGGAGUUAGAACAUCUUACAGACCAACCAGAUGCCUAUGGAGAGCCCGGAAGCAGGAGCUCAGUACAACAGCACUCUUCCCUGUUGCCAUUUGUAUUUCCUCCCUUCAGUAUAAAAGGGUUUCAGUCUGUUUCCUGCUGCCUCCGCAUGAGAUGAGAGCUGGGCAGUUACAGUGCCACAGCUUCUUUGAUGAAUGAAACACUAUAAAGUGAGUGAGUUGAUGCUGCCUGUUGGACUGAUAGCUUUUAUCUUCACCAAUGCUUGUCAGAUUCAAGAGCAAACCAAGCGAUGACUAUGAGGACCCCCAAGAUGUAGAAAAUAUCAAAGAGGCCCAACAGAAUAUGGGGGACUUCAAAUUGAAAACGGCUACUAACUACAAAAUUCCUGAACACAUGAGAAUGAAUGCUGACAAGAAAACUCAUCAGUUGGCAUCUUUAGAAGUGGCUGUAAGUAGAUUCUGCUUCUCUCCCCCCUUUGGAUUGUGUGAUUCCCUCUGUCCUCUCCUAAGCAUUUGCACUGGAAGGCAGAGAAACUUUGUUCCUGCAUAAUUUCAUAAAAUGUAUAUUCCACUUGAUUGUAAGAAAUAACUCAAAAGUAGUUUAAACAACAAAUAAAACCAUAACAUAAUUAAUUUUAAAAAGCUAUUUAAAUCAUCCCAUUCCUGAUUUAAUUUUCUGAGUGCUGUUGCUUCUUUACUUCAAAUCGUAUCACCCAUGCACAAGACAGAAGUAUUAGCAGACUUGGGGGAAGCCUGAGUUCCACAGAAGUUCAAAAAAUAUUUAGAGAAAAAGCCUCCCCACUAAAUGCUGCCUGAUCCUGGAGAGCAAGAAAAUGGAAAACUGGAUGAAGGGAGCCACAACUGGCAGGCCAAAGUCCAGGUGUGAAGUUGAGGCCUGGGUUGGUAUGUAGUAGUUAUUUUUAUUAAUGCUUCUAGGACUGAGCUAAAGGAGGCAGGUGAGUGAGAUAACAGGGUGCCUAUAUGAAUGAAUACAGGAUUCCCCCAUUCCCCCCCCCAUGUAAUCCUGCCUCUGUACUAUAAAUAGUCAUCUUUAAUGCAAUAUCUGGAGUGGUAGCUGUAUUAGUCUGCUACAGCAAAAAACCCAAUAGUCUUCCAGCACCUUAUAGACUUAACAAAUUUAAUUAUGGGAUAAGCUUACAUGGACUAGAGUCCACUUACUUAUUCAGAUCCUCUUUUGUAGCAGUAUAUAUGCACAUGGGAAAAUGGGGAGGGGGUUGUACGUGGUGAGAUCAGAUAGAAAUGGAAUGCAAAAUGUACAGAUAGUGACAAUUCAAUUUCAGUUAGAAUGUAUACAAAAUAAAUAUGGUGACAUUAUACAACAGCAGUUAUAGAUGAUAAAAUAAUCACUCUGGCAUACUGAGCAAAUGAACAUCUGUAGUUGGAAAGCAAACUUUUGUCUCUAUUCAGACCCAAAUGGCUUGAGUGUUUUGAUGAAUUGCAAUUCAGCAGUUUCACACUGGAGUCUCCUUUUGAAAUUAUUUUGCUCAGGGAGUGCUAAGAGCGGAAGCAGAGUGUCUUGGUGGACGGGUUCAUGAAUAUUGACGUAAUGCGAGUUCCUCAAUGCAAGCUUGUUCUAACCCUCCUCCUUUCAGAUACACGAUAAGAAGCUGGAAAUGAACAAAUGGAUCGUGUCCCUCCGAGACCUCAAGGUGGCUAUUAUUGAAGAGAUCCAGUGUGUGGUGCAAGAACUGAAAAAAAUCCAAUCAUCUCUCCACCCAUCCAAACACGUCCCUGUUCCUCCAAUUCCCCAACUCCUUCCUGAAGAGACUCCAGAGAAACAGUUCCAGUAUGACACUGAAAUGCUCAUGAAGUUCAAACAUGACCUGGAAGAGCGGGCCAGGCUCAAGGACACGGUGCCAGUAGCUCCUUCAGGAGAGGGCGGAGGUCUAGGGGGUUUCGGAGGAGGCUUUUACCGUUCCCCUUCAAUAAAGGACAUAGAAACUGCCAUGCGGUCGACAAGUCUGAAAUCGAUGAAAAUAGCAUCUGGAACUGCAGCGCAGGCAGUCAAAUCUUUUGAGUUUGAGGCAGUGGAGCCUACAGACUUGGAACUGGAAAUCGAAAAGAGGGCAGAGAUUCGGAACAUUUAUAUGCAAGAGGUUUUGGUCAAGAGGGUAAGUGAAAAUAUUUCAAAGCCGACUGGGCGUACUCUGCUCCCAAGUGAAGUCUUUUAAAUUUGUUCCUUCGUGGAUCCCUUUUCCUAUUGGUCUCAAGUUAAUUUGCGCAAACCAACUAAAAAUAGCUUUUAAAACGGUACCGAAACUACAUGCAAUGAAAUGUAGGUUUAAAAACACUACAGAAUCAAUGCCUUUUCACCCAGCUGGAAAAGCAUCUCAAAAUAAAAAUGUCCCAAAUUUUUGCACACUUUGAUACGUCAGGCAACUGGUCCACUUCUGCUAAUGAUAAUUUGAAAGCAAGGAGAAUUUUGUAUUUAGCCUUUAUUUAGCAUAUCAUGAUUGUAACGUUCCUAUCCAGUUUCUAAAGUAAAGUUGAACUAUGUUAGCAAUUGUGAAAAAUUCUGUGGAUUUUCAUGUUCAAAUCUCUGAUUUAAUCCCACAUCAGUGAACUGCGUGAACUUGGGAGGAUUUAUACUCUUGACCCAGCCACCAGUCAGAAUGCAUGCUUCAGAAGUAGGCGAAAAACUUUAUUCCUAGGUUGAUACUUGCCUUUUUUUGGACAAAUGUCAAUUUGGAAGGAAAUGGCUUCGGACUGUUCUUUAGCCUCACUGAUUACUAUUUUAGAAUGACAACAAUAUUGCAGGGAACUGUUAAUUUAGUAAUGAGGCCCAGUUAAAACUGUUCAUGUAAUACAGUAGUAUUGUUGACAUUAUUCUUCUACUCCUUUUUUGAGUGCUACUUCUGACUUAAUACUCUCUACAGGUUCAUGAGCUCAUGAUUACCUUUGAUGCUGAGCUUCGCCUUCUUCGUCACCAAAAACUGAAACUGGACAUAAUGAUGAAAACUGCUGACCUACGCCACAUCACUUGGUUUCAAGAGCUGCUUCUCCUGAAGAACUUUGAGAAACAUGAGAACAUUCUCCAGGAACGUGUCAACAGCCUUUCCAGUGAGGAGGAGGAAAUGCAAGUAUGCAUGGAAUAUAAAAGGCUUUGUACAGUUCCUGAUAAGAGACCUUCCUCUGCUGGUUUUAAAGGGCCAUUCUAGAUGUGAUAGGGACAGCCCUUAUCAGUGGAGACUUCUGCUCCCCAAAAAGUGCACAGGUGGAAGGAGUUGUAGGCAGGAUAGCUUAGUUGGUAGAGCAUAAGACUCUUAAUCUCAGGAUCAUGGGUCCAAGCCCCACAUUGGGUGAAAGAUUCCUGCACUGCAGGGGGUUUAGACUAGAUGGCCUUUGUGGUUACUUCCAACUCUACAAUUCUAUGAUUUUCCCAAAUGGCUGCCCUAUAGGUAGCUGGCCAAGGAGCCUCUUCAGACAGGGGAUAAAAGUGCUUCUGUCCUCUCUUACAGAUAAGUCCUCCUUGCAUCCCAGUAGCAAAGCAGACUGUAAUAGUUGUGUCCAUUGCUGCUCACGUGGAGUUUAAAUGCUAUUUUUCUUUCUUUGAAGCACAAAUUAAAUAGCUAUCUUACGCAAAUUGAGGAAAAGAAAGCAGAGAUUGCAAAGCUUCAGGAACGAGAGAAGAUCCUAUAUGCCACUUUCCAAGCGUCUUUGGGGGAAAACAACAAAUUUGCUAAUUUCCUCACCAAAGUCCUAAAGAAGAGGAUCAAGCGUGUUAAGAAGAAAGAAGUGGAAGGCGAAGGAGGUAAGAAAGACUGUUUCAUGUCGAUGUUGCCCCGUAUACCUUUUUACCAAAUUCUACAUUGCUGUGGAGGCAGAACUAAACUAUGCGUGUCCCACCUUGUGACCUCUGCUCAGUGUAUUCACCCCGUAAUCUCAGCCUUAGCCUCAAUCUAGUCCUCUCUAACAGAAGCCUAUGAGUUGCCUUGGCUUUGUUGGUUCUGCAAAUUGCUUUGUGCUGCCUGAUCAGUGAUUAGCAGCUGGUAUUGGACACUUCCUUUUGCCAUUUUAAUGGCUGCGUUGUGUUCUCUGAAUAUUACCCUGGUGGCCCCCAUGAUGAAGGAGCUUGCUCUCUGGGCUGUGUUACUUCAACAGGAGUUGCCUGUGUGACAAUGGCGCUUUCUUAUUCCAGAUGAAGAUGAAGAGAGUGAGGAAGAGAGCGAUGAAGAGUCUAGUUUGGAGAGUGAUGAGGAAGAGUCGGGAUCUGAGGAUGAAGUCUUUGAUGACUCUGUUUGUCCAAAAAGUAAGUCAUGUUCACCUCCUCCUGCUAAUACCAAGUUUCAUUUCAUCUUUGGAGAUGACUGUGUAUCAGCCUUUGAAAAGAGAUUAUUCGCUUGAGAUUUAAGGAGAUGCUGCUACUGUCUGGGCCAUCUCCUUCUAUCUGCUUUGCUUAUAUGUAAACUUUAGAAUAUCAAGAACAGGCCACAUUCCAGAAGCUCAGCCGCCUUCAUAUUUAUGAUAUAUACAGUAGCUCUGGAUUUUUAGCGUGGCUUUGCUAAUAUAGUAGCUGGUAUGUUAGCAAUAUGAAGGAGUUAACACUAGACAAAUACCAAUUUAUGUAUGAUAUGAAGCCUUGAUGUCUUUUCCCGAGAGGACAGGGGAGCCCCAGGGAAGAAUUUCACACUCUUACUGAAUUUUAAUUUUCUAAGUGUUACUUAUCUGUAUAGGAAUCCCUAGUGGCUCAAAUUUUGGUCUAAGCUCUUUGCUGCCAUCUAAUGGUAUGAAGCAAUAAUGUCCCGUUACCAGACUUUGAUUUCUCAAAAAUAGGUUUGUAAAUCUUCACAAAAGCUACAAGUGACCUAUUUUUGUUUAUGCAGAUUUAGGUAAUUCAUUAUCACAAGUCCCCUAUAGACAGGCCUGUUACACUGGGGCUGAUGCAUUCCUAUUUGUCAAGAGUUGUGUUUUGUAAAUCAGUUUCUGAAUCAACAUAUUUAUACACAGAUAUUGCUGAGCAACCUGUCUCCAUGAACCUUGGAGGAGAACUUGCAAUCUCAGAAAUCCCACCUUCUGACAUUACACUGCUAAUCAGAUCAGCUGUUGUCAGUGACAAUAACCCUGCUCUGGUGAACUAGCACAACUGCUGAUGUGUUCAUCUCUCUGUGUGUUCUCUGCUUCCAUUCCUGGAAAAUACAGGUGGAACUGGGAAUUCCCCAAGUCUAUAACCCUGGAGAGCUUUUGCCAGUCAGAGUUGGUCAUACUCAGCAAGGUGCACCAAUGCUUUGACUUUGUAUAAGGCAGAUUCUUAUGUUUCCUGGGGUGGUGGUGGUUGUCCAUGCUGUACAUGGGGUGUGCGUAGAAUCACAGAAUUGUAGAGUUGGAGGGGACCAUGAGGUCAUCCAGUCCAAUCCCUUGCAAUGCAGGAAUUGUUUGCCCAACAUGGAGCUCGAACCCAAAGCGUACAAAAAACCCAAUCAAAGCAGUUGCUUAAUCCGGACGGUUCCUCUUCUCAGAUUGUGACGAGGCACUCUUUGAAAACACACUCCAGCUCCGAGAGAAGCGGCUGGACAUUGAGGAGGCCUUGGUGGAGGAAAAGAAAACUGUUGAAAAUGUCAGAAAAGACUAUGAUUUCUUGGCCAAGAAGGUACAGUGACUUCUUUCCAGUUCAACCCAACAGGAAUCCUGCCAUUUCUUGGUGCCUGGUUUUGCUGAGGGAUGUGGCCACGGCGGGUAACCCGUCACACGAGUCCUUUGCCAAAGGCAGAACUGCAACACUUUCUGAUUCAGCCCAUGGUUCUCUAUCCCAAAAGGAUCAUGUGAAGCAACUCCUCAUGAAACCAUGGACUGAUUGGACCCUGCAACUCAUAGUCAUCACACUUUCAUGCUGAUUUAGGACUUCAUGGCAAGGUCUUGCUGCUUGAAUUUGGAUUUUUAUUUAUUUUAUUUUUUUAAGGUGAAAGUAGUAGCAGCCAGCCUAGAUGCAGCAGAUUGGGAACUGGAGGCCUAUCAGCGGGAGAAGCAGCAGAGACUGAAUGAGCUCUAUGUAGUUGUGCCUCUAAAACUUCACCAGGUAACAAAUCAAUCGGGGCUCCUGUUUCCAACUUUGACUUCUUGAUAACCAAAAUAUUCUGCAAUGAGUUGCAGUAGGCAUUGAAUUGUUUUCUAUGGUCUGCAGGGAAGACCAGCAGGAAAGAAUAAAAAGCCCAGAGUCUAGCUCAGGGAUAGCCAACAUGGUCACCUCCAGAUGCUGGACUACAACUCCCAUCAGCCUCAACCAGUAUAAGCCAAGGGUCUUCAGGGAACUGUAAUCCAACAGCAUCUGGAAGGCACCACAUUGGCUACUCCUGGUCUGUAUAAAGCGUGUCUCAGUCUAGCCUUCUCUUUGUCUCAUUGACUAGGCUCUCUCCUCAGCGUCCAUCAUUGCUAUGGCUUCAUUCAUUGGAUAAAACACUGAAAGGUGGAAGCUGGUUUGUUGUUGUUGUUUAGUUGCUUAGUCGUGUCUGACUCUUCGUGACCCCAUGGACCAGAGCAUGCCAGACACUCCUGUCUUCCACUGCCUCCCGCAGUUUGGUCAAACUCAUGCUGGUAGCUUCGAGAACACUGUCCAACCAUCUCGUCCUCUGUCGUCCACUUCUCCUUGUGCCCUUUCCCAACAUCAGGGCCUUUUCCAGGGAGUCUUCUCUUCUCAUGAGGUGGCCAAAGUAUUGGAGCCUUGGCUUCAAAAUCGUUCCUUCCAGUGAGCACUCAGGGCUGAUUUCCUUAAGAAUGGAUAGGUUUGAUCUUCUUGCAGUCCAUGGGACUCUCAAGAGUCUCCUCCAGCACCAUAAUUCAAAAGCAUCAAUUCUUUGGCAGUCAGCCUUCUUUAUGGUCCAGCUCUCACUUCCAAACAUCACUACUGGUUAGUUUAUCACAAAACAAUUAGAAUGGUGUCUAAUUGUCUAGUCUUGUGUUUCAGGCUCCGCAAAUGCCGGAAACUUACCAUUUCUUUUAAAAGGAAACCUGGAACUCUGGGGAUUACAUUUUAUCCAGGGAGAAGUUGCUGUCUGAUUAUUGCUCCCCCUGCCACCAUGGACCCCUAUUGCUCAUAAGUAGCCUUGGAGGGUUACAGCUCAUGGGCAAAGAGUGCCAUGUGUACUUCUGAGGAAUUUCAUAGAUGCAACAAUGCCACACACUCUGCUCCAGAGACGUUUAUAAUUCUGUGGUUAUUCCUGGCAGGUGGAAUAUAUCUCAAAUGGAGAAAUCCCUCCUGACCUCUCACAGUCUUUGGUGUUUACCAACCAGUCUUUGGUGAACUUGCAGCAGAGGAUCAUGGUCCUGCAGGAGGAGAAACUAGAGCAGAGAGAACUCUAUAAGAAGGCCCGGCAGCAGCACAAACAGCUCAUUCGAGACAGGAGGGACAUGAUGCUUAAGAUUGACCGUGAGUGUAUGCUGGGUUUCCAGUUUCUUUUUAUAUGGUGUGUGAAGGCUUUUCCUCUCUGCAUAUCACACAUGACUGACAAUUAUUGCUUGGGAGGUAUACUCUAAGUGCCUUAGCUUCUUUCUACAAAUGAAAGGACUGGCACAAAGCCUCAAUUUCAGAAGAAGUGUGUAUCUUUUCCUACUUCUGAAAAUGAGAGCUGAAUGUUGCACAGAGACAUUUGAUGUGUUUCCAUAUUAUACAUGGUGAAAAAGUAGCAUUCUAAUGUAAAACACAUGUGCAAUAUGAAUGCAUGCUACUGAGAACUCCCAGUUGACCAUGCCUCCCCGUGGUGUGUGCCCAUGUGAGAAAACAUUUAUUUCCCCCAACUCAAUGUGUGCAGCAACCUAAAGGAUUGCUGUGAACCUGAAAUGAAUCUAGGGAAGUAAAACACUUGAGAACCUUGUGGACCUCACCCUGUGCACUGCUCAACUUGCUUUGUUUCUUCCUUUAUUUAAAACAUUUCUAUCCUACCUUUCUUUUCUUUUUUAAAAAAGGCCUUCCAAGGCAUCUUACAAAUUAAGGUGGGUUGUUGUUGUUUUUUCAAAAAUAAAAAAAUAGUACAGCAGGUAGGAUGAGCAGCUUACAAUAGAAAAUGACAGUAUCACCAUUUAAAAUGGCCUGAGCUGAUAAAAAAGUCUUUGCCCAGGGCCUUAAAGUCACAAAGUUUUGUGCCAGGUGAUUUUCUCUGCAGAGAGCAUUCCAUAAGCUGGGCACCACACUUAAUUUCUGAUGGUGUGUGGAUACCUAAAGAAGGGCAUCAGUCAGUUAUAUGCAAGAGAAAAUGAUCCUUCCAAACAGUGCUUAGCUUGCUUGGCAGUGCAUAGGAAUAGACCCUUUCCUCACUCCGAUUGUACAUUAUGCUGUGCCAACUUUGGGACCAUACGUCAGAGCCACUUCAGAGGCUAUAGUCACUGCUGCUGUGCCAGUGAUGGCUUAUUGCUGCACAGGGCUGGGUAUAAAGACUUCUUGUGAGAAGACUUCCGGGUUGGCGCCUCCAGGCAAUGGCGGAGUUCCUCCGAUUGGGAGGAAUUUGCUCCGCAGAAAUUAGGGUCUGACCGCCACGGCGAAGGUGGAGACCCACUGAAAUCACAAGCGGGAGAAGCCUGUGAACUUGGGAUUCAGCUGGCACCCUUUGCGCCUCCCCUAUUCGCGGGGAAACCCUGAUUUGGGGAUCCGGAGCGAAGUGGGGUGAGUGGCGCUGUGCUUCGAAUUGACUGCUUCUUUCACGGAGUGAAGCCGCAUCGCUGUUGCCGGAGAGCGCUGACUUUUUCCUGUGGACAAUUGGAUUUUAAACAACUAACCGUGAGUAGAACGGAAAAUUAGAGCCUUAAAUUGAUUAAUUUGGCAUCGAAACGGGAAGGUUCUAAACAGGAAGUCCGCCUUCCUUUUUUGUAAACAGAUUGAAGCAAAGAAGUUGCAAGUUAAAGCCUUGGAAAGUUUAUUUUUGUAAAGGAUUAAAUCUCCAUCAGUUAAAACUAUUAAACCCCCCUUGGAAGCAGGAGAAGAGGGGGGAAAUUUUGGACCUAGUGAGCCUGCAGGAGAGAGUGAAAAACCAAAUUACCACUGCUCCGAACCUGGAAACGGGCUGCCAGAAAGAGUGACGUUUUUUUGACAGCUAGCAAUAAGAGAAAUAUAUUGUUUCCAUUGUACUCAUCUGCGUUUAAAACGUGGGAAAAGAAACUAACUUUAUAGUUUAAAUUGUGUUUGAAAGGAUUGAUACAAGUGGAGACUGUUUCCCUCUAGAGGAGCUUUUGAAACUGUUACAAGAGUGGAGCUGGGGUUUUUCCAGUCGCAAGAUAAGAACUGUGUGAAAUAGAGAUUGACCUUGGACUUUAAGAAUGUUGACAGAAGGAGCCUUAGUGACUGUAUUAUGUAAGAUAAGCUAUUCGUUGGAACAGCUCCACAAGAAGACGGACACUAUGAAUACAAAACUUGAGAACUUGGGACAAAAAGUGACCAAUUUGGAACAAAAAGUGACCAUUAAUACAGAAAUUGUUCAGGAUUUGACACAGGAACUUACCUUGACAGGACAAACUGGGGAGAAGACGAAGGAGAAUGUUGGUGUUGUUAAACCUAAAAUAAUACAAGUGGAAGCCCCAGUUUUACAGAGGCAAACUGAGGACUAUAAGUGGAGGCCUUUUAUGAAUGAAUAUAGAAAAAGUCAGAAUUUGAAGAUUGGAGCCCUGCUUGGAUUGAAGAAGGAAGGUUGGAUAGACUCUUUCAAGCAGAGAUUUACUGACCCUUGGGUCCUGAAUUUGGGUGAGGAGGUGAUUGGAGUUGUGGGGGCCUUUGGAUCUGGAGGAGCCUUGAAACAUGAUUUGAGACAUUGUAUGGACACUGGUUUUAGCUGUGGAGAGUUGGUUGGUCUGUUGAGAGGGAAUGGGGGCAUGGUUGGAUCGGGGCCCCCCCAAGACCUGCGCUUCAGCACCCUCAGUAUCAAAGAAUAUGAAGAAAAACUGCAGAAGGGACUUGGAAAAGAUUUAAGAGCCUCGGACAGAAGAUCUCCAGGUUGAUGAACUAUAUGGAAUGGACGGAAAUGACUGGCAGAAUCCGAGACCAGGGAGAAGAGAUGGUGGUAGAAGAUUGGGAAAGUUUAAAGUUUAUAUAUAGAAAUAUUGUAAAUUUAAUGAGUAUUAGAAAAUUGUUGGAAUGAAAUUUUAUGGCUUUAGCAGAAAUGUUAUAAGGAGUUAGGUAUAAUUAAGUAUUUCAGUUUUAAUGGAAAAUAAGGUAUAAAAUAUGUUAAGAUAUUCAUAAUGAUAAAAAUAGAGAAAGAUGGAAAGGAAUUGCUGAAACAAGUAAUAGAAGUGGAAUACAAAAAGGGAGGUGAGAGGAGGUCAAUGAAAUAAGGGAAUGAAAGAUAGAGUAAUGAAAUGGUAUGGUAUAUGUUUUUAAAUUGUUGUUCUUUUGCUUUGUUUAGGUUAAUGUGUUAAGGUUGUGUUUUGUAUUGUUUAUUGUAUUGUUCUUUUCUUUUCUCUCUUUUUUCCUUUUUUCUUUUUCUUCUCUGUUCUAUUUUGUCUUUUUCUUUCGCCUAUUUUCUUCCUUUUUCUUUUAUUGUAAGUUUUAAAAGCAAUAAAGAUUAUUUGAAAUAAAUAAAUAAAGACUUCUUGAGAGUGCAGCAGAUGACCUGUGGAUGGCUCUUGCGGCAAAGAUCGCAACAGCUAACAUUCUGGUAGGAUUGUAGUAUCUUAUAAAUCUGGUACAAAAAAGAAUAACCACACCCACCUUUUCUGGUGGUAUUCUGGAGAUGGAAAGAACUUCUCCAAAGCCACCUCAUCCAUUAUUUUGUUGCAAUGCAAAUUAAUUUACCUGCACACUCCCACAGAUUGUGCUACCGCGAGCUGCACUGUUUAGAAUUGGAUUUUUGAAUAUGCACAGUAGUAUUCUGUGUGUGUAGGUAUACAUAUCUUAAAAAAGGAAGAUAGGGAGAAUACAAAGGCCUUAAACUCAUCUUGCAGGAUUGGAAGAGAAAUGCAAUGAGCUGAUGAUGCUGAAAUUUGGCCGAUUAGUGAACUUGGAAGCCCUGCAGACUCUUUCUGUUAACACAAAUCUGGAAGAACUCAAAAUGAAGAUGAUGGAAAAAGAGCAAACUCAUGCCGCAGAAUUAAGAAAAUGGGAGGUAAGACUUGUUCUAAAUCGCAUUGUGAUGUAGCCAGGUGGCCUGCAGGUGUGACCAGGGGGUAGGGCUGGAUAAUAGGCAUAUAACAUGAGGAUUUCCUGUGUGAAAAUUGCCUUUUAGUCAGGAAAGAGUUCAAACCCUGGUUAGGAGGCAGAAGACAAUGUGGUAAUUGCAUCAUCAUUAUUUAGAAGAUACACUUGUCAAGCAAGGAGUGAGAUAUCCUGGACAAGUAUCACACAAAGGAAGGGUAUAUUAGUUAUCCAAAUGCUCAGUCUGGAAAAUCAUGUAUGCAGUGCUAUGAAAAUGUUUCCUGGCAUGUCAGAACCAUAUAACUGCUAUAAUCUAAUAAAUCCAUUAUAUAUAUAUGCAAGGUAUUACAUCUCAUAUCCCCCUUUUUUACUAUGUAUUCCACCCAUCCUAGAAUUUAGGAGAACAAGAAUGUGCAGUGAAUUAUUCUUGCUUGCUGUCCCAAAACUGUAGAACACUCUUACCCUGAAGUCUUAUCAGAUCAUCUGUCAGAAGCUCAAUUCAGGAUACUCUUUCAAAAAAUGGGAUAGCUUUAAAGGGAGGGAUCGUUUAUCUUAUAUUUUGGUACUGUGUCCUUUCUGUUAGGAAGCCUGUAGAAUUUACUUCAGUGCUUCUGUGCAAAGACUGAGACAAAUCUACCCUCUCCACACCAAACCAAACCACUUGCAAUAUAUAAUUUAGCCCACCAUCUUUGGCCCCUGAUAGGGGAUCACAACGGCCUUAGGAAGCACUGGAUCUCCUGCCCUGAAGUCGGGGAGAGCUAUCCAAUGUUUAAUUCCCCUUUCUGCAGUCCUGGCCCCACCAAUGUCAGCUCCAAGAUCAGUAGGGCUGAAAAAGAGGUUAUGUCAGGGGUGGAUUGGCAGCAUGCCCUGAAAAGACAUGGAGAAGGCUGUGAUGUGAGGUCCCCACCAAGAUACCCUCAUACAGGAUAUUGAACUAAGCCAGCUCGAGUGGAUGUAGCUCAGUCCCAGUUAUUUCACUCCCCUUGUUUCUGGUGGGUGGGGAAGUAUUUUUUUUAAAGAACACCCAGAAAAAUGAAGGACCUUUACUUCCAACCUGCUGGCAAGAGUCCAGCACAGUAUUUUAUUAUGUAUAAAAAGAUUUUGGUCCUGCCUCCUACUGCCUGUGCAACACUCAGAAGGGUAGCUGACUUGUUUAAAAUCUCAAAUUCUGCAACAUGCUUCAUGGUGUUUGCAGAAACACAUUUCCUUCUCUUUAUCAGAUGCCAACAGGUUUUUUGUGGCACUGAAUGAGGUUUGUUGGAACUAAUCAGAAACAUGGUGAGUUGCUAACCCAGGAACUCCUCUACUGCAGAGAAUAAGAGAGACAGAGUUUAUAUGGAAAACUCCAGGCCCUUGAAUCUAGGAUUUGUAAUAUGAGUGUAAUCUCAAGCACUUGCAAGGUUGCUUACUUAUUGCUGUUAUUUUCUAUGCACGAGUGUGGUAGCCCAACUAACGUCUGGAGGGCUAAUAAUUUAUCCAGUGCAGUGAGAUCCAGAGGACAGUGGGAGCCAGUGUUGCUAAGGCAAUGCUUCUGUUAACUCAAAACUGCUAAUGGGGAUGAAUUUUGUUUUCGGUUAGUAUGCAAAAAACUGAUGACAGCCAAGGUUAAACAGCUCUUCAAGCCAUGUGUCCCUCUUCUUCCCAUCCUCCCCCAGUUGUUCUUUGACCUGUUGGCUGCUACUACUCUGGCUCUGUAACUCCCAGACCAUGGCAUUCUCAUAGUUCUGCUUUCAUAUUUUUAUCACUCCAGCAAAUCUUUGCUCUGUUGCAGGAUAAAAUUGUUGACCUGCGUCAAGAGUUGAUGAUGGUGACACAAGAAAAUACUGACAAACUGAAGCAAAUGAACACAUUUUGUAUGGAGAAGAUGACACUUGAAACUAAGUUGGACGCACUACAGAAUAACCUGGUAUGUGCUGCUUUGAUCACUUGUUCCUGACUAGCAAGCCAAAUAAACUUUUUUCUCGGGCUGCUUUAGAGGUUAUAACUGUAAACUGACCCUACUAGCUGCUGUCCUACCCAGGGAGGGUGUUACCCAUGUUCCUCAAUAACCUGAUCCACAUUUUCUCUGUUGUUUAUUCCUUGUAUUGAAUGUGUGCCUGCAUUUAAAUCACAUUGGGUGACAGGAAUGACACAAGCCAAUCACCAGAGAAAGUAAUUUGCCCAGCAUCCAGAAGGGAAUGAGCUCCUUGGUAGUAUUACGGUCAAAAGUGUUGUAAGUGUUCUGUACCUGGAGUCUAUAAGUAAUGUCAUUGUUUCAUCUGUGAUUGAGGGCAGUUUUUGGCUUUUGUUUCUUCAGGGAGCAGAAUUCCAAGGGCCUCGCAAAUCAGAUAUUGAGGAGAAGGAGAAGCUGAUUGCAUUGGUCCAGUUACAAGCCCAAGAAGCUGAAGUCCUGAAAGAAGAAAUCACUCUUCUAAGCAGGAAGGAUGGCCGCAUCUUUCCACCAUCUCAGCCUGGAUAUCCUCAAGGUGGGAUGCUGGAUUAAAUCCUUUUCAUGUCAUUCCCUUGUUCUCAUUUUUUAUGCAUAUCAAUCCUACUGCAUGAGAAUAAUUAGCAAGCUAGCCCUUGAGAUUUAAGUUUCAUAUGAUGUGUCCUGGUCUUAAGGCUCUUCCCCUUUUGGCAGAAAUUCUGGACCUUUUAAUAGCAUAGGCCAGGCAGAAUGUUAAAACUUUUCCUUGCCUUCAGCGAUUUGAUACAUUGAUGGGAGAAAGUUGCAGAUCUUGAAUUUGUCUUUCAUAUGGCUGUUAAAGGCACAAUUAAGAAAACAGUAGCAACCCCAUCUAUCUCUUUUACUUAGUGUACCCUGUUGGCUUUGGGCACAUGGGGACAUGGUGUUGGUCAACCCAGGCAGCCUGGCCAAAUGGUCAGGGUUGAUGAAGGCCAACAUCUGGAGGGCACAAUUAACUAUGCUGUCUUAAAGUCUUCAAAUAGAUGUUUUACUUCCUGAUCCAAAUAUAUGCAAGAUCAGGCACAAUGGAUAUACAGCCUUGUCCUCCUAAUCGGGCAAUUAGUAUCUUGAUGCAGAUGUGUCUCCAUAUCUGUACUUUCAACCUGGAAUUGUGUUGUUGAUAAAUACUUUUGAGAUUGACAAUAAAAUCUGAGUCAAUAU